AGGUAAUUAAUUAUCCAUACUCAAAUUGAAUCUAAAUUUACUUAUAACAUGGCGUCCAAGUCGGGACCCGAAAAUGACGAUCAGACUAAACUUAGAUUUCAAGUUGAACUUGAGUUUGUUCAGUGCUUGGCAAAUCCCAACUAUUUGAACUUUUUGGCGCAACGUGGUUAUUUUAAGGACCAGACUUUUAUAAACUACCUAAAUUAUUUGUUGUAUUGGAAGAGUGCCGAGUAUGCGAAGUAUUUGAAAUACCCAAUGUGCUUGUACUUUUUGGACUUGCUGCAAUAUGAACAUUUUAGAAGGGAGUUGGUUAAUUCUCAAUGUGCAAAGUUUAUUGAUGAUCAACAAGUCUUGCUGUGGCAACAUUACACAAGGAGGAGAAUGAGGUUACUUCAGAACCAAGCUGAUUCUGUUUCUAAUCUACAAGCAUCCAAUAGCAUACCAUCUGGCCCAGGAUCUAACAAUGUGAACAUCACAAAUGGCACCGGCCAACCAACAAUGAAGAAUUCAUAAUUGUUUAAUUCUAAUUACUGAACUUUGUGCAGUACUGCUGGCUCACAUUCUUAAUCUUAGGCAUGGACUUGCCUUUUUCCUAUUAUUUCCAUACAUGCAUGGUGGUGAACUUAUUGUGUAUCAAUAACAAGUUAUUUGUGGAAUUAAUUCUGGAACUUAAUUUUUUAUCAAUAAAGAAUAGUUUUUCUCCAAUAA